AUGCUUCUCCCUGGCGGACACCGGCUCUGGCUGCUGCUGCUCCCGCCUCCGUCCCUUUCUGCAUCUGUGGCUCCCCUCCAGGCGGACCGUGGUGCUUCCGGGGGCUCAGCAGCUCCGGAGCUAGAGCCCGAGGAGACACCGGAGGCGCAGGAGGCCAGACUGGUGGCCCAGUACCAAACAGCGCUGCUGAGCGCAGCGGAGGGCAGGCCGCAGCAGGCAGUGGAGGGGUUCCAGGCUGUGCUUAGCCAUCCUCUGUUGGCUGCGGGUCCGGAGGCAACCACCCGCGCUACGCUACGUGAGCUGCGCUUCCUGGCCACACGCAAUCUGGCCGACCAGCUGGGGCUGCUGGAAGAGCAACAGCAGCCCGCAGCCGUGGCGUCCGCCGGCUCCGGCCCCCUUACUGGCUCCAGAACCUUGCCCGGCGACUCAGUGUUAUGGCACCGCCUAGCGGACGUAGCCCUCCAGGACGGUCGCUUGGGGCUGGCACGGUACGCCCUGGAGUCUGGGCUGGGAGCGUCGGGUGGCCGCCAUGUCGUACUGUUGGAGAAGCUUCUGCAGUUGCAGCUCCGUACGGAUGACCUGGCGGGGGCGCUGGGAAGCUGCCGCCGCCUGGCAGCGUUGGAUCCGUACCACCCAUGGUUGCAGCCCGCCUCCGCAGAUGCAUGGCGGCUACCAUGCUCUGGCGAAGGUAGCAGCGGCAAGAGCUUGCAGUCGCGGCUGCUGCAGCUGGUGGACCCUCAGCAGGCGGCGCUUGAGGGGUUUCUGGAGCGCCAGCGGUUGGAACAGCAAUAUGUCUACGGAUAUGGGUACGGACCGCCGUAUGACACAGCCGGAACGGCUGUUUUGUAUGCAGAAAGAGAUGGGAAUGGCGAGCUGGGCACGGGGUUAGAUGCAGCGGCCGUUGCGGCGGCGGGGUUGCCGCCGCUGGAGGCGCCGGCGCUGGCGGGGCUCCUGCCGGAGGGCCUGCCGGCCAAGCGGCGGCGGCUGGCGGCGGGGGUCGUUUCAAACGCUGAUGCACCGCGAGAUGGUGAUGUAGUUAACCUGGAGGUACCGAUCGCAACGCAUGCCAGGCCGCAGCUGGCACACUUGUCACCCGCUGCUGCAGCUGCUGUUGGUAGUGAUGCAGCGGUCGUUGUCCAGGGGCAGGUGGCUUUGACGAACCCAGUAAUAGCAAGUGACGGCAGGACUACGGCCCAAUCGUCCGUGCUUGACAGCGUCACAGUAUUGACUGCAAUAAACAGGGUUUUGCGGGGCCUACCGCUGGGCCAGUCCAGCGGCACCGGCAGAGCCGCCACUGUCACAGCAGGAGCAGCAGGCAUCGAUAUGUUGUUCGGAAAGGUUUUGCGCUUGACACCCACGUCUGCGGAGAAAACCGCAGGCGCCAGCCCGGCGGCAUUGGAUGCCCGGAUGCUCAGCCAGGAUCCCCACGAUGGCGCGGCGGCGACAGCGACGGCGGCAGGAGCAUCCAGCCAGGGUGCGGCGCCGCCAGGGAGCGUAAUGGAGGUCGACGGCGGGGGCGGCGCUUCCGCCGCUGCUACUGCCGGAACGGCAGCGGAUGGGGUUAUAAGCGACGGGAUCGAAGAGCCGGAGGGCUCAUCUCAACCGCUACCAAAGGCUAUGGCGGGACAUGUUCAACGGCAUGGCGGCGGUGCUGCACGUGGACUGGCUGCAGCCAUGGCUGCAGCGGCCGUCGAGCCGGCACCAGUUCGGACGAGCGCUAGGAGGGCUGCCCGCGACGCCGCUGCGGCCGCGGCCGCCGCUGCGGCAUCCGGGCCCACGGAGGCUGACGGCGGCGGUGCUGAGCUGGCGGAUACGGUUGACCACGCACUAGCGGCAGCGGUGGCGGCGCGCCACCGGGCAGCAGCUGGCGGGGGUGGAUCCUCCGCCGCCAGCGGCGGCGCAGCAGGAGCGGCGGCGGCAGGGGAGGAGCCUGUAGCUACAGCGUUAGCAUGGCGGCGCCUGUGGCAACAGCUACAGCGGUCAGUUGGCCUGCCGGGUGAAGGGCCGGCUACCGUGCUGCCACUACCGCCGCCAGGGUCCGCCGCCGGUGUUACGCGUGCGUCGCUUUCGCCGCCGGACAAGUCACAGCCGCCGUUGACGACCGCCGGCGGCACAGCAGGUCAGGUAUCUCCGUCUGCUCGCGCGGCGCUGACAAGCGCCGAUACGAACAGGACGGUGUCUGCCGGCAGCGGCAGCGCUGCUGGCGGCCCCGCCUCUACCGCCGCCAUCGGCGCAGCCACCCGUGCCGGUCGCCACGGCCCAGGGCUCCAUGGUUUGCGACAGAGGUGGCUCGCGGGUAGUCCGACCCGUGCCGCUGGUAAGGGUACGGCAUCCCCUGAUGCACAUGCUAACAGCCGAUUGGGCGAUGUCGGCGGCCACAAAGGCGGAGGCGGUAAUGCGCAUGCCGGGUGUGCGUCGUCGCCCUCGUCAAGCAAUGGCCCAGGGCCAACGAUUGAAACUGGCGGCGAUGGACCCAUGGGUCGCUGUCUUUUGGACGGGGCGGGGAUCCAGACAGUUGCGACUGCAGCACUUCUCCGCGUGCUGUUGGAACCCGCGGACCUGCGAACUUGCCCGCAGCUGGUACGGCAGGUCCUGCUGCUGGAGCCGUACGCCAGCCAAGCGUUGUACGAGACUGGCGGCGGAGGCGCCGACGCCGCGGCAGCAGAGGCAGCCAUGGCACGCUGGGCGCUUCUGGCUGCACUCCAUUUGGAGCAGACAAUAUUGCUCCAGGAUGGCGGCGGUGAUGGUGGUGGCGCCGCCACCGCCGGAGCCACCGGCGGGACUGCAGAGCCGCCGCCGGCUGCCUGCACCGCGGCCGGGUCCAAGGCGGGGACCGCCAGGCCGCGGCCGCAGCCGAGGAGCAAGGCGGCAGCCGCGGCGGCGGCAGCAAGGGCCCCGACCGAGGCAGCGGCUACAGGGGACGCUGCGAAGUCGAAGGUCACGGGCAGAAGCGACGGCGCCGCAGCGGCAGCGGGGGCGGAUGGGCUGGGUCACAUGCAUGCUCACGAACACGUGAGGAGGGCUGAAGAGCUCCUCAGGCGGUUGUUGGCGGAGGCUGUGCUGCUGGGCCUGAACGUCGCGGUGGGGCUGCCACAUCCAGUGCCGACGGACGAGUGCGCGGAUGCCGCCGCUGAUCCCGGCAGAGGUGGUGGCGCUGCAUCUGGAUCUGGGCCGGGAUCUGCAGCGCCGAAGGCGGCGUUAGGCAGUGUGAAGACGGCCGCGACAGCAGCCGCGGCAGCGAUGAACGAGCCGCCCUAUAUGCCGAUGGAUUGCAUGUUGGCCGACCCCGAUGAUGCGGAAAAUGAUCCAUCAGCGGCGCCAGUGGCGCCGGCGGCGCUGGCGUUGGAUACGGCGCGUCCACGUACUCCAUCGGCGCGCGUACCCCGCCGUGCGAUGUCGAUGUACUUUUGGCUCCGGGGCCAUUUACUGGAACGUGAAAACAAAGUCCUUGAUGCCCAGACUGCGUACCUUCGCUGUCUGGACUUCCUGCCGGAUGAUGUUGAGCUGGCAACCAGCCAGAACCCAAGCUGGGAGGGUGGCCCGACGGCGGCGGCAUCAGACGGUGCGCAUGCCUCCGGACCAGCAGCAUGCCAAGAAGAGGUGGGCGGCAUGGGCAGGUUGACCGGUCGCAAAACGCAUGCAGACGGCACCGGUGGCGGCAGUGGCAGAGUGCAGAUGCGCGUGCGGGCACUGGAGGUUUUCCGUACGAUGGCGGCUGCGGAGCAGCUGGCGGCGGCGGGUGAACAUGAGCAGGUUGUGGAGCUGCUGCGCGACGUGGCGUUUCCGCGGCGGCAGGUGGAGAUGGCGGCGGGAUCGGGUGCGGUGACAGCGGCACCGGAGGUUGAGGACUUGCCGUCGAGCAAUGCUAUGCAGGCUGUGAGGGCGGAAGUGGGGGCCAAUGGAUCGCCUGCGGCUGCUGCCGCUGCGGCACGUAACCAGGCCCGGGUGCAGGUGAGAGCCGUGCAGCUAAUGAAGGCGGCGCUGACAGCGCUGUUGCAGCCACCGCCGUUAUCAUCUCCAGAGCGGCCGACGCUGCAGCAGCAGCAACAGCCUCGGCAGGCCCAGCGGCAAGAGCAGCUGCAGCGGGGAGCUGCCUCGCAUGGAGAGCAACAACAACCGCCUACCGUUGGCGCGCAGCUACAGCCGUCGCCGCCGCAACUGCCGCAGCCGGCGUUACCGCAGACAGGCAGUCGCACGACAGCAGUGGUGGCGACGGCGCUGGAUGCUGCAGCGGCCGAGGAUGCAGCUGCUGCUGCUGCCGCCGCCGCGACGGAGGCGGCAGCGGCUGCGGACCGGCAACGUGCGCUUCGCAUUGCGCAGCGCCCGUACCGGGAGCUCCUGCUCCGCUGCAACCUGGCGCUAGUGUGUUACGGCCUCCGUGGAGCAAUUGCAGCAGCAAUGGAGCCGCUGGCUUUGGAUACGUCCGCCGCCGCUGCGUCAGCAGCGGCCACGACACUACGCGGGCCAGCGGCGGAUGUUCGUGAGUGUGUCGCUUCGUUACGGGCCUGCCGGAGGGCCGCCGCCGCCGCCGCCACCGUCGCCAGCUUCCCGCUUGACGGGAACGACGGCGAGGAGGUCGACGCUGCGACGGUCCCGCGCGGCUCUUCGGUUAAUGCAGAUGCUGACGUGAACGCCGACACCCUGCCGCCAGCCUGCCUGCCUUGGGUUCGGCAACUUCAGUUACGCCUCCUGUCGUACAUGCAAACUCUGCAUUCAGUUGCCUUGCUUGUGGAACCUCCGGUGGCGGCGGCGACAGGGCUGGGGCCAGGUGCAUGGACCGCCGGCGGCGGUGGUCACGGUCCGAGCCGCCUCAACAAUCGCGUCCAGCUCUCAAAAGCGCUGAAAGGCCUUAUGCUGGAUGUGAGCUUGGGCAUCAUGGCAUGCCACCGCCUGGACCCCCAGGCCGCAAGUAACCCUGACAUCUGCCACAGCCUUAUUACAGGGCUGGCGACGGUAUUGUGCUGUAGCCGGCCCGGUCUUGCCGUAGCAGUGGCAGGGGGCCAUGUAGCGACGGCGGCGCCGCCGGGGCCGCCAGGGACUGUUGGGCCGCCUUCUGCCGUUGCUAGCACCACUGCCAGCGGAGGCGGCGGAGGCGGAGGCGCCGCCGCAGCAGCCGCCGCGGCCGCGGCCGCAGCGCCGUGGGAGCUGGCGCCUGUCUUGCGUGAGGCCCUGCGCUUGCUUCAACCACACGUGGAAGAGCUGGCGUGUGGUACAUCGAGCCUUUUGCACGGGAGUCAGCGCACUGGAGCCAGAGCAGCAACUAGCGCUGCCACAGUCACAGAAGCUGCUGCCUGUGAGCGGCACCUGUCCAGUGCCGCUACCACUGGCACAUGUAACGACAUGGCGGUCGGCACCGAGCCGGCUGCGAUGAUCGUUCCGGCCGGACCCGGCGGCGGACGGCGUAGCGAGGACGACACGGACGUGGUGGCAUGCGACUCGGACGGCUGUCCCUUACAACCCGGCUUGUUUGCGGUUCAGGUGUUGUCCUGGCGAGAGGCAGACGCUGAGGGAGACGAUGCCAGUGGAGAUGAAGCCGAUGGCUGCGCUGCUGCUGAAGGGCCUGGGCCCGGGGACGCUUGCGGCACGACAGCGGACAUUGCGGAUGCAAGGGUCGUUGGUGCCGCCGGGGCGGCCGCGGGCGCUGCUCCGUCCAAUGCCGCUGUGGCAGCAACGGCGGGGGCAGCUGGCGGUUGUGUUAACGGUUGCGGAGCAGUGCUGUCUGAUCUCAAGUCCUGUAUGCCGCUGAAAGCCGCUGCCGCUGUGCUGAUUGCCAUGGAGCGCGCCCAAGGCGGCAGUGGCCGGGACGGAGGCAGCGGCGCGCUGGGGCAUCUGGCAGCGACGGAGGUUCAGGUGGAGCGCCAGGUGGCAGUUUUGCGAAAGCUGUGUGGGGCGCAGGCGCAGCUGCUGUGGCUGCUUUUCGGCGUGGACUUUCCCUGGCGGGAUCGCAGCUGGGGCUUUGGACUUCCCACUGCAUCGGCGGCCGCCGAGGCGGCUGCGGCGGAUGGAGCCAGCGACACGCCCUUCGUGCCCGGUACCGACGACGCGCUGCUGCUCUGGCGCAUUGCGGGACCGCACGCGGUACUGCUGGCCGCGCCGCCGGAGGUGCCGGGCAUGUCGGCGGAAACGCACGCGGCCCUGGAGGCUGGGUUUGCGGAGCAGCUCGAGGGCCUGCUGCCCACCCUGGACUUCCUGGCUGCUUCUCUCCCUGCUCUGCCCGCCGCCGCCCUCACCUCGAGCUGCGUCCACCGCUACCUCCACAACCCUGCCCCGGACAACCUUCUCUUGGCCCUUAGCCCCGCGGAGCAUCUGCCGGAAUGGCUGCGUCCCACAGUGCCUCCACAGCCUUCACCACCACUGCAGCAGCGGGAUGAUGAUGAUGAUGAUGAGGAGGAGGUGCGACGGCAUGUCGCAUUGUGUGUCAUUGCCGGUGAUGAUGUGGAAAUGUCUACAGAGAAUGUGGAGAUGGCGACAAGGCGUGUGAAGGCGUUAGUGCGGGACUCGGGCAUGCCGUUGGAGGGCGGCCCGGCUGGCACUGCCAGGCAGGAUUGCCAGGCUUCGAUGCAGGACAGGAACGGCGCGGUAACGGUCGCAGAUAUCAGCCCAGCGGCCCGUUAUUCUCCUGUGCUGGCAGCGGCGGUGGCGGCAGGAGCCCGGGGGAACAGGAGGAGUGAGUUGGAGUUGGAAUCGGAGUCACUGCGGCGAGCGCGGGAGUUCCUGGCGGCGGAAGCCCGGCGGCAGCGGGAUUCAAAUCCGCUGUGGGAGAUUCACCGCUGGCUGUUCUUCUGCAUCCUCCGCGCCCGAGGACUGGACGAAGACCCCUUUCAGAACCAGACCGGCGGUGGCAGUGGUGGUUUCGGAGCUGCCGGCGGCGGCGGGAGUUCUCCGGCCGCCACCUCUGCCGGUGCCAGCCUGCUGUGUGCCGACAGCGAGUCUUCCGCGGAGCUGGCGGCGGAUGCGGCUGUGGUGCUGUCGGACUUGGCGCUGAACCCCAACAGGCUGCAGUCAUGGGGAGCUCUGCAGGCGCUGUACUCUGAGGCUGUCAGGAGGCUUCUCAAUGAGGCUGCACUCUUUCUGGAGACAUGUGCUUUCCAAGUACAGCAACACAAUCAGCAGCAGCAGCAGCAGCCGGGGGCGGGUCAGGAGGGACUUGUGGAGCAAGCUCGGACGCAACUUGCGCAGCUAUGGCGCCUGGCGGUUCGCUCCGCUACCGCGGCAGCGCGUUUGGAUCCAGAUCCGGAGUCACGUGCUUUGCGCCUCGAGCAGCUGGCUGUGCUGCACUACGACAUGAUUGCACCGUGCCAUCCGUUGUACGACACGCUGGGCAUGGGGGGUUGUGGUGGUGACACUGCCACGAAGGUGACGGAAAAUGCCUCCGCCAACGGUGCGCUAAUGGUUCUGUCACCUGUGUUAUCGCCGCCACCGGAGGCGACGCAGUACGUGGACGCUGCGCUCGAUCACGACACUGAUGAAUCGUGCGACAGUGACUGUAGCACUUUGUGCUUUGUCCGUGAACGGCGAGACUGGCGGUACCAGGUCGCGUGCGUGGUGGCGGGGGCCAUGUGGGCCCGGGCCGCGAACGUAUUGACCGAAGAGUGGCAGUACGAGUACUUCCAGGGCCUCGUGCAGGCUCGGCGCAAGGCCCCCGAAUGGCGCUCUCGCUGUUUGGACCACCUGGCAGCGGCAGCGGUGCUGGCGGCGGCAGAGCCACAGCACGGCGGGGGAGCCCUGUUGGCGCCGCUAGUAGCGCUGCAUGGCCGUCGGCUGCUGUGGCUAGCCAAAGGGGAGGUGCAGUGGCGGCCGCUGCUGCAGCGGCAGCGGGGGGCCGGCAGCGGCGCUGGUGAUGAUGACUGCGAAGGUGAAGGGGACGGGGAUAGCUCAAGAGCAUCGGUGGCAGUUGCGACUGAGGCGCAGCGGCUUAAGCUGCUGGAGUUGUGCGGCAGCCCGCUGCCAGCCCUGAACCCCGGGACUGCCGUACAGCUUCCAGGAGCGAGUGCUGCAGCGGUUCUGGAGUCGGGAGAUGCUGCCGUACCUCAGGUUAUGGACGCGGCCGCUGGAUCGAUGACAGUGGAUGAGCUGACGGAGCUAUUACUUGAUGACGCACGUCAGGCCCUCACCUUUGCCGUGCGAUCGUACAAGGCGGGGAAGGAGCAGCACAACUACCAUCCCGCUAGAUACGCCCUUGCCCGGUGUGAAGUGCUCCUGGGGCGGCCUGAUGAGGCGGAUGCGCAGCUGCGACAGCUCUUCACACCCGCCCGCGGCAGGGCGGCCUUUGCACUCAACAUCGGCCGCGUGGGUGACCGCGGCUUUGGCCAGUUGCGCCGCAAGGCUGCUGCUGCGGCACGAGCUGCGGGGCAAAAGCAGAAGCGCGAACAGCAUCAACAUGAUGAUCAGCAGCAGCAGCUACAGCAGUAUCAGCGGGGCAAGGCGGCGCGGCAGCGGCGGGAGGAAGCAGCAGCAGCAGCGGCAGCUUCCAGGCCGGUGGGUUGCGGAGGUCACCCCGUGGCAAAUAAAGCGGAGGACACGGAGGAGGGCACUGACGCGGCAGGCGAAGAUGGGAAAGGCGCGGGGGUGGAGCGCCCAGGGAAGCGGCAGCGGCGGGGGGACGCAGGCAAGCCCUCCGCCGGUGAGCCAGCCGACCGCAGAAGAGCCCGCGCGCGAGCUGUAAUGCCGAGUAGCAGUCCCACGUGUGUCGCGCCGGAGGCGGUGGAGGAGGACGAGGGCGAGGAAGUCGCGACGGAAGUCGCGAGGGUAGCGGUGGCGGUAGCGGCAGCGGAGGGAGAGGAUGAGGGCACGCUUGGCCAGCGGCCCGCGAAGGUUGGCGUCGCUGCUGACGGCGGUGGAGACGAGAAGGUCGGACACGGCCCGAGUGGAGGUGACAGCGAGGGUAGCGAGUCGGAGCCGGAGUCGGAUGACCUGCGACGGAAUCUGCCGACGGCGUUGUGGGCGGUGGAACCGCAGAUGGUGGUUGGUAACGGGCUUGAGGAGAGCGACCGAGAGCACGUCACGGCGCUGCGGAAGUGUCUGGCGUUGUACUUGCGGGUUUCUUGGGAACGGAAGGACAUGGCCACGCUGCAGGCUGCCGUACCCGUUUUGUACGGUGUCACGGAUAAGAUGCCGUACAUUCGCGACCUUGCGGUGUUGGCUCUGGGCCUUAUGGCAACGGGUACGGUGACGUCAGCAUGUGAAAGCUUGGGCCUGUCUCUGGCGGAUGUGGCCACUCGGGUUGUGGCUGGGCCGGGGGAAGCAGCACCUCCAGCACCUCCAGCGGGGACUGACUGUGGCGCUGAAGGCGGCAGCGGCUCCGCGUCUCCCGCCACCGCUGAUGUGGCUGGGCAGGUCCCCUCAGAAGCCUGGCUUUCCAAGGUUCUUCAGGAGCGCAUGCAGCAGGUGCUUGCGGCCGCGCGCGCUGAGAACGCGGCUUCGGCUGCUGCCGCUGCUGCUGCUGAGGCAGCAGCGGAUAUAGGGGUAUCGGAGACGGUGGCGGCUGAUGCUGAAGCGGCAAAUGCGGUUGAAAUUGAUGGGGGCAGUCCCGACGCUAUGCAGGUUGAUGGGCCCGCAGAUACGACUGCCGUCAUCGGGGCAGCGUCAGAUGGCAUGGCAGGCAAGGCGCAAGAUCAGCAGCAGCAGCAGCAGCAGACGCCGACGGACGCUCACGACCAGGCGGGCUUGGAUGAUGCGGACACGCGGCCUGCUUCCACCGUGGCCAACUUGGAGGGGGCUGCUGCUCGGCCAAGCGCCGGAAUACACAUCCAAACGCGCGCGGCCCAGCAGCAACAGCAGGAACAGGUGCAGCAACCACUACCGCCGCAGCCGCAGCAACAGCAACCGCAAGCAGGGACGCGGGAGCCAGGGCCUGUGUCGCGGACCACUCGAGGGGGUUCCAUCGCCACCGCUGCCGCAGGCAGCACCGGUGCCGGCUCGGCAGCAGUCGCAGCCGCAGCGGUGUCCCCUUCCUCAAUCCGAACGGGGCUCACAGCCUCACCGUCCUGGUUGGCCAUGCUGGAUGCUCUGGCGCCACUCUGCUCCCUCAACUUUGACUACUGGACCGAAUCAGCAGCCGGCGGGGCUGCAGGCGCCACGAAGCCGAGCCUGGCGGCGGCAGCAGCCCAGGCGGCACAUGUAGGCCGCCAGUACGGCCGCCAGGUGCCCGGGGCAUUAGCGGCGUCGCUGCUCAGAGAGCCGUUGUUGCGGUGCUUCAGCUUGCAGUACAUUCAGGCGCUGCGGCUGACACCCGAGGUGGGGCCGCAGCGUUUGCAGGAGCUGCUGCGCCGUGUGGGUCGGCACCACCGAAGCUCCACGCGCCUCGGUGCGGUAACGGGGCUCAGGCAGCUGGUCCGCGCAGUGGAAGACGCCAUCGCCGGGGUCCAAUCGGGCGAAGUGCCCACCACAACGGUUGCAACUACCACAGCGGUUGCAACUACCACAGCGGUUCCAACCACCACAGCUGCAGCUGCAGGGCCAGUUGGGACAGCACCGAUGGCGGCAGCAGCGCUGGCCGCAGAGCCGGAAAAUGGGGAUGGCGGCACAACAGGGGCAGUGGUGCAGGCAGCUGCUGCAGGAGGGGCAGUAGCAGGACCGGGGGCGGAGGCCCGGGGAACAGCAACUGCCACGGCGGCAACGGGUGCGGGGCCCGCGACCGGGCUGGACUGCGAUCAGAGCGCGGCGCCAGCCGCUGUGAGACGACCCGCUGCAGCAAUUACCGCCGACACUGCAGGUACGUCUGGAGGCAGCAAUGGCGGAGGUGAUACCAAUGGCGCUAUGGGCGGGAUCCAGAAUGUGGAGCAGCUCGUGACGCUUGCUACGGCUCUCGCCGCCCCCUGCGCCCCCCGCGGACCGAACGUCCUUGUUACUCAACAACAACAGCAGCCGCAGCUAUGCCCGCCACAGCCACAGCAGCACAGCAACCCUCCUCCCGCCAGCGCGCCUCGGUCCCCGUCACCGCCACACCCCCAGGAGGUGCAACGCACCAGGCAGCGCAAGCCUUCCAAGGGCUCCCGAGCCAAGACUACAGCAGGGGUAGCGGCGGUAACGGCACAGGCAGCAGCAGGGACCGCAGCAGGGACAGCAGCAACAGCAAAGGCGCCCGUUGUCAGCAUUGCACGGCAAGCUAUGGCGUCGGGGAAUGGUAUGCAAGACCGUGGCGAACUGCCCGAGUCGGUCGUAUUCCCUACAGCGGCGGUGGCGCAGCAGCUGUCACAGGCUCAGAUGCAGCUGCUGGUGCUGCAGCAGCAGACUCCGCAACGGAGGUUUAAUGCCACGGUGGACCUGAUGCAGGAAGCCUUCCGUCCUCAUGCACCGGACCUAAUGCCGUACUUACGGCGUGUGCUGCAGCAGGUGGCGGAACCCGAGAUGCGACAGGCGGUGCUCGAGAGCAUCCAGGCCAUCCUGACGCUCCCAUCGGUCCAGCAGCAGGUAGAUGCCCUGAGCUGCAUGCUGCAUCGCCUAGAGCAACAGCUGGCGGACAAGAGGCCGCCGCCACAGCAGCAGCAGCAGCAACAACGGCGAUGA